AUGGUGGUGCAUCGACGAGCAUGCAACAUACUCGAGUUGAUAGAGCACACGAAACGAUGGCGCACACUACCAAACCCUGCUAACGUCCUCGGCGACGAUGGAGCCAAGACACCGUGGAGCCAAAUUGUGUACCAACUUCGACUGCUCGAAGUCGACGUUACAAAGAUUGAUCUGGCAAUUUACGAUGAGCUGAGGGAUAGUGAGGGUAACGCAUUAACUGCCCUACUUUUCAGAAUGCAACAAUGGCAGAAGAGCGGCGAGCUUGAGCGGCGCUUCACGAAGUGGAUGGAAGAGGGAAUGAAAGCGUUCGAGAACGAUGCCAAAGAGCAAUCGAAUGGUGCCUCCGCACUGAGCUCCUCUCCUUCUCAAUCUCGAGAUGGAAGAGGUGACCAAGAGAUGUCGAGACAAUCGGCCAAGAGCGCAGCGCAGGCAGGGGAGGCUCGACGAGUCGAGCAGAUGCAGCUUCAAACGCAAGCCAAGGGGAGUCUCGAGUGGUUGCGGGAUUUUAAGACAGGUGGAAGAGCGAUCAAGCGCUGCUUCAGAUAUCCGGCCUGGCGAUACAUUAUCUACAUCGUCCUGCUUGCAGUCGGCCUUGGCGGUUGGGCGUACAGUCAGAUGAGAAGCAAGGAGUGUGGCGGUGUGUGUUCAAAUCAGACCUAG